AUGCAGAAAAAAGGGCCAGUCUGUUCGGGAUGUAUCGAUCUUCUGACGGAGGAGAUGAAAGAUCAGUUCGUUCUUCCGGAGCUCGGAUAUUCGCAGAAAUACAAGCAGCUACAGUUUUGCUCCGAAGAAUGCAAAAACGAACGAGUCAGAAUAUGCGAAUCAUUGGAGCUCGACGCAAACGUCUACUUCCAAGAAUACUCCGACUUCAAACGAGAUGAACUUGUGAAGCAACUGUCCGCAGCUCGCUUCAAGCGAGCCAAACCGGCACGCAUGACAACAUGCUUUCUCUGCCGAAUUUCUUUCAAUGAAAAUAUCUUUGCUCCAGAGGAGAAAUACCGCGAGUGCGGAUCGUUGCUCUGCUCGUCCAAAUGCGCCAAAGCUAAAGCUGUACCACCUCCAUCUUUCGGAGGAUAUCCACCAGCCGGACCACCACCAGGUUUUCCUCCCGGAAUGCCCGGCUUUCCUCCCCUCGGUUUUCCGCCUGCUUUUCCACCUGGAAUUCCUCCACCAACCGAAAGUCCCUACGCGAAAAACGAUCUCGCUCACGCUCGCGAUCUCGUGAAAGAGACCGGCGACGAUCAAGGCGAUCGAGUCGAUCGCGCUCACGUUCGAGGGACAGGAGAAGACGAAGAUCUCGAUCGAGAAGUAGAGAUCGGCGCAGUAGAAGAUCGCGAAGCAGAAGUCGAAAGAGAUCGAAACGCAGCCGCACGCCAGAACGACGAUCUUCAGAUAUUUCCACGACAAGAUCUUAGCCUUCUUAAAGAUGUGAUACUUAUUCAUUUUCUUUUGCCUAACUUUCAUUUUAAAGAAGCCUUGGUCCCUGUGCCAGCGAUUGAUCCAAUCUACGACAACUAUGAUGUACCCCUUACGAUGGACGACAAUGAUGACCGGCAAAAUCUUUCGCUGAGAGGUCAAAUAUCCGAGCUAGAACGCGUCAUUCAGCUGAAAGAUGAGCAGAUUCGAAUGAAAGAGGAGCGAGCAGCGAUCAAAGAGCAGCAAAUCGAAGAACUCAAAGUCGAAAUGGCUGCUCAGUACGAAUCUGAUGGCAAAAAGAUUGCGGAACUGGAAGCGAGGAUCAAAGAACUCUGUGCGGCGGAAAAGCUGCUUGUGGAUGAUCCAGAGAAACUUUCAGGAGGGGAGAAGUUGACUGUAAUUCAAGAUUUGCGAGCGAAGACCAAGCAAAUCCGUGAGCUUGAAGAAAAAAUUGAAACAUUCAAGCGCCGAGAAACGCAGUUUCGCGAAACCGUUGACGCUUGGAAAGAUGAAGUUGAAUUCGUAAGACAAGAGUAUGAGCAGAAAUGCGCAGAAUUAUCUUCGAAGCUCGAAGAGGCCGAGAAAAAGCGCCAGAACUUUACGAAAACGAUGGAAAUCGCGACUGAAGCAAGCUCCCACCAUCUCAAAACGCAAAUUACCGAUCUGGAAGAGCGCCUCCGCCUCACAAACGAAAAUAAUGAUCUUUUGCGGAAGCAGCUUUUGGACCGGACCGCCGCGCCGGCUCACAACGGACCGCACAGUGGACCGCGCGGGCCAAGUUAUCCAUACACAGGGGCGCCUGUAUUUCCAGGACUGUCAACGCUGCCUCAAUUUCCGCCAAGUCCGGCUCAGCCACCAAGUGGGCCUACUGGAAUAUUCAAUCAGCCACCACCGCCACUGCCAGGGACCGUUGUUGUGCCCAAAUCUGGACAUCGACCAGCAAAAGUCGUCAAUAAGAAUAGCGCCCCAAUCGACCUCACUGAAGAUGCUCCAGCACAAAAAACUCCACCGAAACGAGAAUACUCAGAGUCUCAAUCGAACAAGCGCAAAGAAAAGCUUCUUAUUCGUCUUUUGAAACGAUCGUUUACUGAAGGCAAGACGUUUGCUCCAGAGAAAGGCGGCGGACUCGAAAGCGUUUGGAUCGAGAGAGGAUUUGAUAAGGAGCCGCCGACUCAGGAAGAAAUCAUGGGAGGAGUUUUGCCUGAUCGAAGAGUUCGAAAAACGAGUGGAGUCACAAUGCCCUCACGAACAAAACCCAUGGAUCCGAAUCUCGGCGUCAUCGACGAUUCCAAAAAGCCAAAGCCGAUGGGCAGCGGGAGCACUUCUCCAGCCGCUUCAGGAAAAAUUUACGGCGCAACUGGUAAUCAAGGAUAUGCUCAAGCUGCUUCUCAGAACGACUGGUCCAAAGACGUGCAAUUCUAA